CUCAAAUUUCCAAAGUCAGCAAGAUCCGACGGAGUGCUGGCAUAUACAGUCGAUCGCAGGCUACACCGCCAAAGACUGUGCACAUCACGCAGAGGACAGCACCAGACCAGGUCAAUACCGCCAAGAUCUCUUCCCUCGCUCAAGAAGACGGAUUGCCGUGCGCUUUCGCCCGCGAGAGGGACAGAGAGCCGCCCGAUCUCUCGUCCACCCAGCUACGCUGACGCUUGCGAUCUGGAACUGACAAGUCUGCCCAACCUGUCUCGAGACCGAGUGCCCAGACGGCUCGCUCUGUCCACCUGUACCUGUUCAGCUCGCUGCAAUUAGCAACGCCAAACGCAAGUCAACGACAACGACGGCCGAGUGAGAUCUCGGACGAUUGCCCAGCAUGGCAUCGAUCAUCAACAUCCGUACAGAUGUCAAGGAUGCUCACUACCGGUACAAGAUGCCGUCGCUCCUGAUCAAGAUCGAAGGCAGAGGUAACGGUAUCAAGACGACUCUGCCCAAUAUCAGCGACGUUGCCAAAAGUCUUGCUCGUCCUGCAGCUUACCCGACAAAGUUCUUCGGAUGCGAGCUGGGUGCUCAGACGAUCACCGAUGACAAGAACGACCGAUUCAUCGUCAACGGUGCACACGAUCUCUCGAGACUUCGCGAGCUGCUCGAUUCCUUCAUUGACAAAUUUGUCCUUUGUCCUUCCUGCAAGAACCCAGAAACGGAUCUGGUCAUCACCAGAGAUGAGAUGAUCUUGCGCGACUGCAAAGCAUGCGGCCAUUCCGGUCGGGUCGACAUGGCUCACAAGCUCACCACGUUCAUCCUCAAAAAUCCGCCAAAGAAGGAAAAGAAAGCAAAAGGCGCGACGAGCAAAAAGGGAGCAACGAAAGGCUCAAAGGCCGCCGAUGGCAAGGCUGACAACGGCGAUGUCGACGAGGACGUCGAUUCGAAUGAUGAGAUGACGCGCAAGAUUCAAGAAGGCGCAAAGGAAAUGGAGAUCACCGCUCCUAUCUCUCCAGCUAUCGGAUCGAAGAAUGGCAACGCGGACGACGAUGAUGCCGAUUGGUCUGUCGACACGAGCAAAGCUGCUGUGCAAGCUAGAAUGGCUGGACUACAGGAAGGUGUUCAAUCAUCGCUCAUCUUGGCAGACGAUGAAGCCGAAGAAGGACCUUACGACGUCUUCGCAAAGUGGGUCGCCGAGAAUCGCGAGGGUGCUUCAGAUAGCGACAUCUACAAAAAGGCAGUCGAGCUCGGUAUUGAGAAGAAGCACAAGACGCCCCAGUUUCUCGUAUCUGGCUUAUUCACCGAGGAUGUCCUGGCAGAGAUUCCCAAGCGCAAGCUCAUCAUGAAGAAGCUCACGCCUGGCGAUUCGGAAAAGCAUGCAAAGUCACUGCUCGGCGGCUUCGAGAAACUCGUGGGAGAUACCUACCCCGAUCUGACGCCCAAAUUUGCCAAUGUGCUCAUGCUGCUCUAUCAGAACGACGUCCUGCCAGAGGAAGACGUGAUCGUGCAGUUCACAAAGGUCGCGUCUUCAAAGUAUGUCGACAAGGAGACGAGCAAGAAAGUCAGAAGGGCGGGCAAACCGUUUGUGGCCUGGCUCGAGGAAGCCGAGUCCGAGGAUGACGAGGAGUAACGAUCUGCAUGAUCUGCUGUAGCCCCGCUCUGUACUAUGUUGAUGG